AUGCCUCUCCCAGUCAUUGAGAAGAUAGCCGCUUGGGCGCGUACCCGCUGCGGCAUCUGUAUCGUCCUCGAUCUUCUCACUGGCAUGGGCGACAACCCCCGACCGGCUGACCACGAGCCUAUACGCUGUCCCACCCUCUCCGACGAGGGGCCGCGCCAUUACGCAGCCUUCCGUCGUGCAAUUCAGGAGGAUUGGCGCUUUGGGGCCUGCAACACGUGCCACGUCGUCGGGGCAGUACACCCGCCACCCCGGGCCCUCCGUGACCCAUAUUGGCAUCCUUUCAUUCACAGUGGAGCCGCUGUGCCGUACGCGAUAUAUAUGAGCGAUUCCCUACGGGCUCUGGCCCGUGACUUCGUUCAGCAAUCACACGGGGUGACGUUGCCGAGCUGGGAUACCGCUGAACUGUUUGCGAGGUGGCUAGGUUCCGAUCCUAAUGUCUUGACGCCGACCCAUCGUAUUGCCUACUCAAACAGUAUGAUCCUUAUAUACUUCAUUUGGUGGUUAUCUACGGUGUAG